AUGAACUUUGAAAAUCCUAAUAUAUCCAACAGAUCCGUCAUGAUAACUUCACCAGAAUACAUUACAGCCAAAGCUGCCAAUGGAGCAAACUCGUCUGCCGCAUACUUUAUACAGUGGUUGCGAACCCAGACGGGGAAUCCAGAGGUCAAUCUGCACUAUACCGUCCUAUCCUAUGAGAUGACACCAACAAAUGGAGACCUAGUUCAGGGCACUAUCAGUAAUCCAAAGGCAGAAGUGCCUGGAGACAAUCCUGUUGCUACUAGCCACACCCCAUCUAUUUCAGCGGACCCAAUUACCCAGAGGGAGGACUUGCAUUCUAUUGUGCAACCUACCAAUGUUGCAAAGUUAAGUGUGGACAAACUGGUUGAAGGAAAUUCCAUGGUUUCAAGGGAUAGAAACAGAUCCCUUUUCAUUUUGGCACAGCAACAUAAGCAACGAGCCAAAGUACUAUCCCACUUCAGCCAAUUGAGACCCAAUGAAAAGGCAACACCUACGAAGGACAAGAUGAGAAAACCUACUCCUCUCCAAAUUGUAAGUCCACCCCCAAUGGGUCCUGGGGGUCUAGCCGCAACGCGACAAGCAGUUCAUGCUGCCGCAGCUCCAAUGAUGAAGCAACAGUUUGGCCGUUUUACGUCCACAUUGACUGUUAUGGACCAAUUGACACGCACUGAGUUCAUUCACAACCAGCGGGAGGCCAUAGAAGCAAAAGCUAUCAAAGCAGUGUGCUCUAAAUUUGUGAGAGCCAAAGCAAUGCCUGGUGGUGUAGGGGAUACUACAAAAUUGUGUGGAGUCGAAUAUCAAGCCAUGAACUUCAAGCAUUUGGUGACUCCCACCAUCCCAUCAAAGUGUUCCUUGGACUCCUUCACGGAUAAUGGGGCCACUCCUUCAACAGAGACCUGCAUCCAAGCUGCCAAAGACUUCAAGCAUUUGGUGACUCCCACCAUCCCAUCAAAGUGUUCCUUGGACUCCUUCACGGAUAAUGGGGCCACUCCUUCAACAGAGACCUGCACCCAAGCUGCCAAAGACUUCAAGCAUUUGGUGACUCCCACCAUCCCAUCAAAGUGUUCCUUGGACUCCUUCACGGAUAAUGGGGCCACUCCUUCAACAGAGACCUGCACCCAAGCUGAGAGCCAUUUGAAUUGA